AGUCGCGAGCUCAGUCACAUCAGAGAUACGAUAACGACUUGUCGCAAAGUUUCCAACACGCGCAUUAAAAACAAAUACAAAGCUUGCAUAUUCAGUAUCGCUGAAAGUAACUGAUUAUUGUAAAUUUUUAACUAUUAGUUUGGCGUUUGAAAUUAAAGGUUUUGAAACUUUCGAGACUAAACACAAAUACCUUAAGUUGAGCACCGCAAGAGCACCGUUAUAUCGGACAAUAUGCAACGAUUCGGAAAGCAAUCACUCCAGCUACACGUUCUACUCAUUGGACUCGUUUGUUUUAGUCUAACUGAUCCUGCAAGCGCUCUCAGUCAGUUGGUCACCGAUACAUUUAGCCAAACUAUAGCCGGCGAUGUCGUUGUUUACCUGAAUGCCACGUACUGGCGUUGUGAUCUAGUCUUAUGUCCCGCAUAUACCGAUCAAUGUGUGGUGACGAAGUCUAGGUCGCCUACUGAACCAAACGAUCUAAUACGAAGAAAUAUCUGUGUGUCCGCCAACAAACAGCUGCUUGUCGAUGAGUCGGUUACCGAACCAAUAAAACCCUAUGAAGACAUCAAUUUCAAACUGAUUGUGAGCAGCAGCGGUACGUCUGUACUACAGGACUCUUCCUACUCCAACACCUAUACAAGUACGUCUUAUUCGAGUUCAUCUGUUAAUACAGAUGCUGUCUCAAAAGCUGCUGAAAAAGCUGCUGCGGAAGCUGUGGCCAAUGCUGCGGCGAAUACGGCCCAUAUUAAUCGUCAAAUUGCCAGAACUCUUCAGCAGACCGGUGAAGCAGUGAGAAGAAGCCUUGAAACAGCUCACCAAGACUUAGUAGAAGCAUUCCGUAGCGCAGGCCUGUGGGGGAAAUGAGGAAACAUUUCGGAUGGCAGUGAUCUAAGCCUAGCAGGAAGCUGUUUUUAUUAAAGCAAAACCAAUACCCGACAAUAAAUGCUGUGAAAUAAUAAUACCUUAUACUUAUAUGUAUGUACUUAUAUGUAUGUAUGUACUUACAUAUAACCGUUAUGUGU